GCUGCCCUCCCAGAUCCUCCCCUCAGGCUUUGUCAGAGGUAGGGGACAUGCACCCCGAGGGCCUCCGCUCGGCCUGACCCUGCUGCAGGGCCGCUCUGUCCCCAGUUCCAGUGGAGAUGGCUAGUUUAUUGAGGUCCUCUUUGCCCAGCUGCCUUCCCUCCCUCCUCCUCCUCCUCCAGCUGUCUUGCAGCUCUGCAGGACAGUUCAGAGUAAUAGGACCAGGCCAACCCAUCCGGGCGCUGGUGGGGGAUGAAGCAGAGCUGCCGUGUCACAUCUAUCCCGGGAAGAACGCCACAGGCAUGGAGGUGGGCUGGUACCGGCCCCCCUUCUCCAGGGUGGUCCAUCUCUACCGAAAUGGCAAGGACCAAGAUGCAGAGCAGGCACCCGAAUAUCGGGGGCGGACCGAGCUGCUGAAAGAAACCAUGGGCGAGGGGAAGGUGACCCUCAGGAUCCGGAAUGUGAGGUUCGCAGAUGAAGGAGGUUUCACCUGCUUCUUCCGGGAUCAUUCCUACCAGGAGGAGGCGGCAAUGGAACUGAGAGUGGAAGACCCCUUCUACUGGAUCAGCCCCGGAGUGCUGGUUCUCAUCGCGGUCCUCCCCGUGCUGCUCCUGCAGAUCACCGUGGGCCUCGUCUACCUCUGCCUGCAGCACAGACUGAGAGGAAAACUUCGAGCAGAGAUAGAGAACCUGCACCGGACGUUUGACCCCCACUUCCUGAGGGUGCCCUGCUGGAAGAUAACCCUGUUUGUGCUGGUUCCGGUGCUCGGACCCCUGCUCGCCUUGGUCAUCUGCUAUGAGUGGCUGCAUGGAAGGCUCGCAGGGCAAUUUCUUGAAGAGCUAAGUAAGUUUUCUUCUCCCUAG